GUAAAAUUGAGGAUGAGCACUUUCAUCAACGCUAUAGCUCAUCGAUCUAGGGCUGAGUCCCAGGCUUGAACGCAAUCAUGUCUAAUCCGCUCGACUACACUGUUGGUUGGAUCUGCGCCAUACCCACUGAGUAUGUCGCUGCCCAAGCUUUCCUUGACGAGAAGCAUGAAGGCCCUGAGUAUAUAUCCCCCAAUGAUAAUAACGACUAUACACUUGGCAAAAUCGGAAGACACAAUGUCGUUGUCGCCGUACUUCCAAACGGCGAAUAUGGAUUAUCGUCUGCAGCGAGCGUUGCGAGAGAUAUGCUACACAGCUUCCCUAACGUUAGAAUUGGUCUAAUGGUCGGAAUCGGUGGCGGUGCUCCUAGUUUAAGGUACGAUAUUCGUCUUGGUGACGUUAUCGUAGGUGUUCCCAUCAAUAGAACGGGCGGAGUUAUCCAGUUUAACUUUGGAAAGACCAUACAGGGUCAGGAGUUCCAAGAGACAGGAUUCUUAGACCAGCCGCCAACGUUACUUUAGACGGCUAUUAGUAGCCUAAUGGCAUAAUACGAGUCCGACGGGAACCAGAUUAAAGAAAGUGUUAAUAGCGCAAUAGCGAAAAAGCCUUAGCUUUAAAGAAAAUAUAUGCGACCUGAAGCUAUAACUGAUAGGCUUUAUCGGUCUUAAGUCG